AUGGAAACGAUCAAAAGUCUGUUGCUGCAAACGUCACCCGGUGCCGGUCCCACUAUCAGCAAGGAGCCGGAUUAUGCGGUACCACACCGGAAGGUAAUGCAGGAUCCAUUCGGAAUUCCUGCCCACGUUGGUGUCGGACCCAUGCUGUCUCCGAUCGCGCCAGCAGUUACCAGUAUUUGUGAGUCGGAUGACAUAUCCAGCCGGGCUGUGAUAGACGACGAUAGCGUCAGGAUGACGCUGGUGGAGCCACACAAAGAGGAACCGUGUGCGGUGCGUACGGCGGGUAGCACCGCAGAUUUCAUCCAUCCGAAACUAUCGAAACUGAAGCAGCCGCCGGUCAUCGUGGGAGUCGCCGUAAAGCGCAGUCUGCGAAAGCCUCCGGAAGUACUAAGGGCAAGCACGGACACAUCGACGAAAGACACGACACGGAAGGCAACUACGCUAGAGCAAUGGCAUAAAGAUAUUUUCGAGACACCGUCUACCACACUGCCGCCGACGUUGCAAUCUGAUGAUCCGGUAAUGGAUGAACUCGAAGAAACAUUUGUCAGGCGUAGCGUCGAUGGUGCAAAGAAUGGGACAAACCACGACAUAAAGUUCGCGGAAGUUAGUAAUCAAGAGCAAAGCAGUUUGGUAUUAAGUGUGGUCCAUAACGGCGAAGAUAAUAGUCAGCAAGACAGCUACGGUGACAACGAUUUGAUCGAUUUGAUCGAUUUUAGCAGCGAUCAAGAGGAACCCACAAGUGAACCAAACGAGACAAAUGGCCAAGAAAAGCCAAUGCAAGCGGAAAUUGCGAUGUCCGAGAUUAAAAGUGUGCCCGUGACUUGUGGUGGUCGAGUGAAAAAGGUGACAUUUCUGCUAGAUGAUGAUCCAUUUCGGAAUGACGACAGCGAUAACGACUCCGAUAUCGUGCAGGAUCCGCAUGGUGAGCGAGAUCUGUCCGAUAGUGAGGCAUCGGAAGAGGCGGAAGAGGAGGCUGUGCAAGUUGAUGGAGAGGUACUCGAUAUCGAUACCACGAGCCUUAGCGUGCGGAACAGGGUAUCUGUCGAUGAAAGUGAUCCUACCCUCGGUGGAAGGAAGGCAACGCUAAAGCACCAUCCACCCGCCCAGCUUUGUAAUGAAAUAUCAACAGAGACUAGGCAAACAGAUGACAAUGUUUUCCGUCCGGUGGGCGAUGCGCAGGGAAACGGUUGGCAUGAUGUCAACGGCAGGAAGAGUGCCGCUGAGCGUAGUCACGUUGACAGCGAAGCUGGCGGAAGAUGGAGUCCCCAACGGAUACUGGAGCUGACGGACGUGGCGGACGCAUCGGUGAACGGGUGGUCGGAAACGGAAAUGGUUCAGCGCGCAUGCUCCUCUCCAUUACAUGCCGAGCGUGAGAGUCAUCGCCAUCAUCAGCGGCAUCAUCGUGAGGAGCGUGAGGCGAAUCCAACCGUUACCAUCUGUCCAGCAGCCGUGUCAGCAAAUUCCGACGGUGAAACAGUCACGCGGAGAAUCGACGAAACUCUCGCGUGCACCGUCCGGCCGCUGGGGACGGUUAGACAACUGGUCCGGGGACAGCGGGCGGAUGUUUGCCUAGCGGACGCAUGCGCCGGAACCGAAUCGAUCAACGGCGAACGGCGAAGGAAACACCAACACCACGGUACCACAGUGAAACACGACCCCCGCGACGGUGGACCGGGUGUCAAAGGACGGCCCAAAGCACCCGUGCUGCCUGCUGACGGUGUUGGUAGUGGUGACGAGCGCUCGCCAGUGGCUUUGAGUAAUGUGAAGCUUUCCUCAGCACCGAUCGAUGAACGGCACCAGCACGCUGGUAGUGACAUUGAGGUUUGUUGCAUCGAUGGACGUGAUUUGAAGGCACGCGAGCGAGACAUUCAGCGUGGAGCGUCCAGCCUUCGAACGUGUGCAGUGUCGGACGGGAGACUUCCUGCUCCUGCGGCCGUAUGGAGCGCCGCUGGUGAGCGUGAGAGAAUCGACGAACGAUGUUACGUCGAGGACGGUAACGAGGCACAACAGCAACCAGCAAGCGACUCCACUGGCGAGCAUGGUAGUCUGUUACGAGGAUUAGAGUACGUCAGUACCAGCAGCGUUCCGACGGCUGUUGGUCCUAACGGUGUGGGCGAAGAAGGGAAAGGGCGGUCCAAAGGCCUAGGGCAGCAGCAGCUACAGCUGACCCCAAACGGUACCGUUGCCCGUACGGUGCAAACCAGCACGACCGAGUGUGAGGAAAAAUCCACCCAAGUGUCAGCGAGGGCAGGACCGUUGUCCUCGGAUAGUGAGAGUGAAAAUUAUUACGGCACCUGCUCGCCACCGACAGUCGAACGGUCCGUGCACCAGCGAAGUUUUCAUCCGGAAGGGAGGGAGUGUCCGUCCUGCACGCAAACCGAUCCCGCAUCCUCCUCACUGCUGGUGGAGGUAACGCUCAGUGCGCACAUCUGUGUUCACCACCAGCAGCAGCAGCAGCAGCAGGCUCCGUUUUCGUGCCGUGACACAAGCACUAACUCCUGCCACUGCAGUGAAAACUCGCCAGUGCUGAGGGACAGUGCAACCAACACCCAGGACCGCGCGGGGGACGAUUCGGACGGGUCUGAGAGUGCGCGGGCGGAGGGUGCACAGUCGCGGACAGGGCACCGUAACAAUCCAUCUAGUGCGGACAGUGGUAUUAUUAUUAUCGACGAUGACGUCGAUGGUGCAACGGGUGACGACGGAGGAUACCUGUGUCGGUCGGGUGCAGUCGACGAAGGUGUGAAUAUUGUGAAAGGUCCUGUCGGGCGAAGGGACCAGCACCAGAACACCCAAACGGAACCAUUCGCUGUGAACUUUAUUGACAGUGGAAUCCGUCCCCAAGGAUCAUACCUGCCAACGAAUCUCACGCAGGAGGAAGUUCUCGAAGGUGCGAGAGUGAGUGAACGCGUGCAAAGUGAGCCGAGUAGCGACUGUCCCACUACGGUGGUCGUACCGUUGGAAGGAUACGCUGCGCAGGACAGAGAAGCCACUGAGGUUGCCGAAAAUUCCAGCGGUGCUGGUGGCGUUGAGUGUUUUGAGGCGAGCCAGCGCCUGAAGCGUCUGGAGGAGCGGUUCCGCGGAUUUGCCUACACGAAAAAGUUGUUCCGUGACUCAUUUUCCCACGGCUUAUCGGCACUCGGUGCGGGAGAGUCGCCAAAGUACGGCGGCGCUUCGCAAUCCGUUGGGGGAUCCUUGCCCUCGUUGCUAGUGUGCGCAGGCCAUCCGGACGCUCGUUCGUCGUCGACGGACUAUGCCAACACCAAUACAUUUGCAGCAGGUUCUCUAUCGUUGCGCCCGCCCGCGGAAGAUGACGCGAGAGGUUACGGUGGUAGCGAUGCGAACGUGACGCUCUUGCGUUCACCAACACAGCGCAACCGGAGAGGAUUAUUGUCGUCCGUGUCGACAUCGUCAUUGGGAUCAUCAUCACCAUCAUCAUCAGCACAAGGCUUUGAAGCUUUAGCUGGCACAGCAUCCGCAGCAUCCGAAGGCGGUGAACGAAAGCCUGUCAGAAGUAGUGCGCUGCUGGCGUCUAGGAAAACAUCGUCGCUCAAUUGUUUACAGCAGGACGCGACACGGGAUGUGGAUGAUACGGAGAGUUAUCUGCUGAGCAACAGAAAAAACCAUAACAAUAAUCGGUCGCCACACGGCGCUACCGCCCAACCAACACCAUCGCUCAACCGCACGUCGAGAGCAUCCUGGACGAGACCGAUUCUGCCACCGUUGUCCUCAUCGCUGCUAUCACUGUCGGCGUCAUCGUUACUUUCGCUAUCCUGCCUGGAUCUCGAGCGCCAGAACAGACAAAGAACAGCGAGCCAAACGCCAACCGCGAAGCAGCAGGAAGCGGUGAUUGUUGCCGAGGGCAGUCGACAAGACAAGAACAAUAACAGCCCUGCGGAAGAGAACGGUUUGUCGAAGGCUGUCUCAUUACCCUCGUUACUUUCGCCGGUAGUGCAUCAGCAAAACGCGGCCGAGUAUUUCGGUGAAGCAACCACUGCAACCAGCUCUAUCCGUGCCACCCAAACCCCAAACCAAUUGCGGUUCCAGCGACAGCCACGUGCCGUCGAGGAGCUGCGACGCAAUACCGACACACCGGAGAGUAGUGGGGCUGAGUCGGAAGAAAUUUGUAAAAUCUUUCCCGGCGGAAAAGCCCGCAUUGGUGACCCGCUCGAGGUGGUCGAGACGGUGAUUGUCGGUGGUUCUACCGAGGAAGAGGAUAACGACGACGAGGAGGAGGAAGAGGAGGACGAAGAGGACGAGGAAGAUACUGCGGACCAUAUUGUGCUCGGUGCCGUUGGUGAGGACAUUCUAAACAACAAUCACAGCACCUAUCUCGGUGUCACCGAAGGUGACGAGGAGGCUCUGCAGGACGAGUUUGUGCAGCUCGAGAAGCUGCUUGCCGCGGAUCCGCAUACGAACUGCGAGUUCGACACGCGCCAUCUGCAGGACUACGAGCCGGAAGUGUAUCGGAUUAAGUACUGCUACGAUGAGCUGGAGGAAGAGCUAGAGGAGCAGCAAGAGCAGGAGGCGGCCAACGAUCUGCUGGUGGUGUUGCGUGGAACCCGUCCCGUGGGUCCUCCACCCGCCGUACCACCGCCGCCACCGCCUCCACCGAAAGCGGUACGAGUGUCGGUCGGCGAGAAGAAGGCCAGUGUAAUCUAUUCGACGCCACGGUUGAGUGCCGUGGUGCCAGCAGGGGUUCAGUGCAGUGUGCCGACCAAUCGGGCCGCGAGUGCUAGUGGGGAAGAAGUGAGAUAUUCGAUCGGUGGUGUAGUGUUGCCCGUGUCAGCCAAAAUCGCUGACGGCGAUAGGGAAAGUGCAAUAAAACAAACCGCACCGGGCGGUGUGGUGGUGGCGUUGGGCCAGCACAAGUGCCCCAUCAGUGGCACCGGUGGUGCUAGUGGUUGCAUCGGAAGUAUUGCUACGGGUGAAGUGAGUGAUCGUGAUAUACCACCGCCACCACCGCCACCGAAAGCGCGCCUCGGAUCGCGUGGCUACGACGGUUGUGGGUGCGUGAUCGAGGCGAUCCCGUUGUAUCGUAGUGAGGCGGAAGCGCUUGCUACGGGCGGCGACACGAUGCGUGAAACGGCGACCGGCACCCUCCGGGGGCUACUGAAGAAACCGAAUCGGCCACCGCCGGUGCGCAAGAACCGCGUGGUGUUCGACGAGACGCGAAAUGAAUUCUUCGAAGCGGACUACAUCAUUCUCAUACGGGAGGAUUGUCCGUACGAUGAGGAGGACGAGGAACCAUGCACCUGCGGUGAACACGAGCUCGUUCGAAUAUGUUGUGACGAAGGCUGUAACUGUGGCUACACGGACGAUGGACGUACGCCACCGAGUCCGAAGUUUGCUCCGCCGAUCGAGUUUGUCGACCAGGCCACGCUGAGCCCCCCGGAGGGCUACAAAGACGGCAGUGGACUGCUUGACAAUGCACUCGGUGGAGCACUCGGUGGGCAUGUCUUCGGUGCACAACAUAUUCAGCAGCUCCAGGUUAUCCAGCGGCUACAGCAGCAACGGGCUGCCAUGUUGGCAGCCAGAGCUGCUGCUGGCCAGCAGGGACAACAAACGGGCACCGCAGGCCAAGGCCAGGCUGGUUCCCAACCCGUCUCCACUAGUCAACAACAGCAGCAGCAACAGCAGCAGCAGCAGCAGCAGCAGCAGCAACAACAACAGCAAACGCAGCAAACCGCCGUAUGCACAGAAUGUGCCGAAUGUGCGGAAUGUGCUGCCAAACAAAUGCAUGACGAAGAAUGUGACUCCCAAUGUUCGGACGACAUUUCACCGAUGCUGGAGGCACCCCUACCACCCCAUGCCACCCUUCCAAUCGCGCUGGUACCCCUGACCAAGUCAUCGCCAGAGCGACGCGUUACGCAAAAGGAGAUUAUAGCCGGGGAGGAAAGGCCCAAGUUCCUUACCAUCAAACAGGUGCAGGAUCCGGGUUCGCAAGACGGUGACGGUAAGGGAGGUGGCGACGGUGCAACGGUAUCCCAAACUCCCCAGCGCUACAUCGUGGAAACAAUUACGAUGACCACGGUGACCGAGCGACGGAUCGUGCAAAAGGACGACUCACCGACGCUGCCAGAAACUGCACCGGCCGGUACCGGAGCGAAGGCCGGUUCGCCGGUGGUCAGCUCCACCCCCACAAUUAUGCCUUCCUUAUCCACCACGCUUUCACCUAUCGUUCCAGCAGGCAACGAAGGUGGGUCCACCGCAGUACCGACGGUGGCCGGAAGCGCCAGCACUACACAGUCCGCCCUAGCCGCUAGCCAUGACUACCGAUUGCUUCAGCAGCAGCAGAAGGGUGUGCGCACGGGACAGACGAUGGCCAGUGGGGAAGGAAGUGCCUCGCAGCAACAGCCAGCGACCGGUGCUGGCGCGGGUCAGUACGAACCGUCGAAACAUAAGCCGUUAAGUACGGCGCAGGCGAUAAGUGGCAUCCUCAAGGGAGGUAAACUGUGGAAAAAUGAACAGCAGCAUCAUCCGCACCAACAGCACACCCAACAACACGCCCAACAGCAGCAACAGCAGCAGCAGCAACAGCAACACCAGCAACACCAAGCGCACCAGCAGCAGGCAACCGUUCAGAACGACGAUUCGACGGCAGUGACAUCGGACGAGGAAACGAGCUCGAAGCGUUCCGUACGGUUCAACGAAGAGUCGACGAUUCGCGAGGCGUGCUGCGACGGAGAGGUACAGUCCGGGCUGGGCGAAGGUGAAAUGGGCACCUGUCGCGCCAUUAACUACAUGUCGGACACACUCAAGCGCCACUCGUCCGGCCUGUUCCACAACGCCCUUCGGCCCAACUCGGCCGUACGGCAGCUCUUUCCUAGCAGCGCCAUUCAACCUCUACUGACGACGGCCAUUUCCGGGGCGGGUCCCACCACACCAAGUGCGGCGGUAUCUUCAGCGGGUACGGCCUCAACCGCACCGCUAAACACGCAGACGACAACGACCAGCACGGUGGGCGGUAGCGGAGUGUGUCCUGCUGCUACGAUGACCGUUGGACAUGCGACGGUGUUGACACAGGAAGCGCUGAAAGCGUUCGACGACUCGAAGAAGACAGCCGCCAUGUCACCGGGUCUGGUUCAUCAGCACAGUAUUACAAGCAAUUCUGGUAGCAUGAGCAAUAUCCCGAACAGUGCGGCGGCCGCUUUAGCGAUGUCGGCUACGGCGGGCACUGUUGUGACCGGAAGUCCCGGAGAGACGGACACGAUUCGGCGAUCGAUCGAGCGAAACGCUUUACGAAGGUCCUUGAUCAAGUAUGAACCAAAGAAAAAGAUUCCGGUGAAGGACGUUACAUCGCUGGAGGAGCGUAUCCGACAGCUGACGUGCGACAUUGAUGAUCCGAUCGAUGAGACGGGUGGUGGCGAGGGCAGUGAUCAGGCGGGCGAUGGCGAUCUCAGUGAGAUGGAACGCCGGGACAGUCCGGCCGGUGAGGAGAAUCCACAGCAACCGAAAUACCUGCCGGACAAAAGCUUCUCGCCCAGCUCGUCCGCUUCGAGCUCGAGCAGCGGUUCGAACGGUUCGACCUACAAGAAGAUCACCGAUCUGUUCCACCGCGAUCGGCGGCAGGAGAAGAUACCGGAGGCGGACGAAAACCCGAUUGUGAUCAUACCGCAGGACUGCCGUUGCCCGGCGGGUCCGGACAUUGGAAUGGGUGUUCAAAUUCAGGGUGCACACACGCAGAUACAUCAGCCUCCCCAGCAGCGGCAUGUUGAUUCGCGACGCCAGUUCCUUUCAACGCUGGCGCCACUGACCGCCUGUGUGGCCGGGCAGCGAGAUGAUCUGUCGUACUACACGCUAGCCCAUCCGGGCGACCGUAGCUCGAUGGCAAGCUCGCAGAGCACGGAGUACAGCAUCGGGGACAUCGAUGCGGCACUGCACGAUGACGACGGCAAGAAGGUGGCACCGGAUGUGAUUGCCGGUACGCCCGGUCAGGAGUCGGACGAGUUGGCCGCAUUCGUACAGCAGGAAGGUGCGCGUACCGAGCGUUUGAAGAAGCGCUACAGUGCCGAAACGUCAACAUCGGCACCAGCCUCCGGUGCGGGCUCGGAUGAUGAUGAGCAGAACGACUAUGGCUUCAACUCUCGGCCUUCGGUGCGCGGCAUAAAGCCGCGUUUCGGCUCCACGAACGAAAUUCUCCAACAGAUGCAAGCGCAACUCGCCGCACCGACACCGCCACAGACCAAAUCACAAUCGACCACGGUGCCCGCACAAACGCAACCGAUCCAAUCGAACACGUUGCCGCGGCCGAGUAUGCAUGUGGCGGCAGCUAAGCAACAAAUCACCACACAUCAGCAUACGGCCUCCUGGAGCUACUACCCAGCCGUCGAUCCGGCGACACAGGCGAAGGGAGUCGCCCAUCAACCUCAACCGGCUGCUGCUGGCGCUGUGCAGCAAACGUCAAGCAGUGCGGUAGCUCCUGCAAGUCAAACCAACAUGCUCGCUGCCGUCGAUCCGCACGGCAACUACUACCACAUACCGGUGCAGACGCGCCACAGCUAUCAUGGGCAGGAAGCGAUCUAUCAGAACUGCGCCAACCUGCCGCUCGGUGUGCAGGCUAGCGCCGUACAGGUGCAGUCGCAUCAGAUACACACGCAACACCAGGCCGUACACACGGCACACCACAUCCACCAGAUGACUGAUACGGCGACGUACGGCAAGUUUGCUCGCAGUCCUACGCGUCGACCCGAGUCGCCACCACCGUUGCGCAACUACCAUCAGACGAUGGUGCUGAUCCCGUACAAUGCCGAAACGUACCAUCGAUACACGGCCCAGGAGCAGGAGAACUAUCGCCGACAGCACAACAUCGUCGAGUACCAGCAGGUCACGCAACAAACGAUUCGAGUUCCGGUCGGCUAUCCACUGCCCGGUAUGCAGUUGCACGUGGUGGCGGCCGGUGCACGUGCAGGUCUUCCACCACACUACUCCACACUGCCCCGGCUGGGCACAAACACGGCCCCAGUGAAUGCGGCCACGGGGACGGGACCAUCGACGCAGACGGCUCCACCACCGCCACCGCAGGGCAAACCGCCCGCCUACUCGCAAUAUCCGUCCGAUGGAAAACCGGGCGUCAAGUUCACGGAGCGAGGUGCCCCGGAAGGUGCGGCCAGCGUACAACCGUCCGACGCCAGCCAACUACUCUCACCGACCGGCCAGGGCCACGGUCCACCCGGGAUGCCGGUGAAUCUGGCGAGCUCUGCCACCACUACUGCCGGCACUACGGCCGCAGUUGUAUCGUCGGGUGUGAGCGGCCAGGGAGCGGGAGGUGGUGGGGUAGUGGCCUCCCAGGCGGGUGGUGGUAACAUGCCGAACGCCUCCCAGCCGACCCAGGGUGCUGUGUUUUAUGCCAUGAACGUUUGA